AUGAUGGUCAACUUCGCCUUGUCAGGCAGAAGGCACUGCGACUAUGUCUCCACGGGCGCAGCUUUGGCCGCUGCGCGUGACCACUCCGUCGUUGACGUGGAGGCCGGUCGAUACUUCGAGUCGACCGUCCGCGUUCGCGCCAACAAUGUCACUCUCAGGGCCGUGGGAGGAGAGGUCGUGCUCGAUCUGGCAGGCAUCGAGGUGGGUGCUGGGGGAGUGCUGCAACAGCAAGGCAAGCUGCAGGUGAGCGUGCGGGCCUUCCUGGCUGACGGCGUGCGGCUGGCCUCGGGCGCCUCGUGGCUCCAACUCGGCAGCGCCACCAUCUCGGCCGGCCAGGCGGGCCACGACCGCGACUUCUCCCUCAACAACGGUGUGCUGGUGGAGGCCAAUGCGUCGUGGCACCAGACAGGCCCGUUGACAGUUCUUGCACAUGGCUCCAUUGGCGUGUUCCUUUCGUUGGGAGGUCGGUGGGAGCAGAGCGGUCCGGCGAGCCUCACCAUCGUCGGUCAAGGCGACUCACAGAGCAGAGGCACGUCAUGA